GUUUGUAUAUAUAUCUGUACUUAAAACUGCUUGACUAGUACGAUAUGCCUUCCGAUGUGAGCUCGUCGGCAAGACCAAGACCAAGACCAAGACGAUGGCGGGACAGACGAACACCCUCGCUAGAGCUCCAGGUCCAGAUCCAGUUCGCCGACUCCCUGCAACCACCUUGCACUGUCAUCACCUCGAGAUUCCAGAUGGCGCGAAGAUGACAUCUCGCCCAUCCGGUCGAUAUCCUGGUCACCUUUGGGUCGACAUUACCCUAGCGUGAGCAGAGCGUCAUGUUGGAAUUACUGUGGCUGUACGAGCCAUCGGAAUCAACCGGCUCCGAACCCGUUACGUACCGUACCCGCCGUUUUCUUUUCUUUACCGUUUACCUCCACGUCGACGUACAUAGGCUAAACGAGUUGCUCUUAUCGUCCCCCCCCCCGUGCUCGAAUCUCAACACGUCAUCCCCUUCAGCAGUGCGAGCGACUAUACCCGAUGACGUGGACGCACCUGCCUCGAUUGCCGAUAUUGCUCAACCGUCCAGACCUCCAGAUUUAAAGGGGAAAUCAAGAGCUAGCGGCGAACCCCAUGAUGAUACCUUCAGUGCUCCACUUGACGUGAAGGGAAAAUCUAGGGCAAAUACACCCCGUCUCUCUCCGGUACUCUCCAACGUACCCGAAACCUCAUGCGUGCGGUCCAAGAAGCCUAUUCGUACAGCUUUGAACUCCUUACGUGCACAUCUGGGUGCGACUUCGGCGUCAUUGUCGUCGAGUCCGAAUUUACUCUCCCAGUUAUCGUCCGGCGGUGAGAGUAGGAAAAGGGAGGAUAACUCUGCUGAUAUGUCGUUGGGGGAUAAAUUGCGGGUUUUUCGUAAUGUUGACCUUGGAUAUAGAUGCGUCAGGUUAAUAUGAACGUUGGUUGGCUAGCAGGUGUGCUGCAUUUGUUCGUGUACCGUUUCUUGUGCAAGACUGUCCGUCGUCCCCCUUUGACUGGCCGGCUCGAUUAUGUCGCCAGCUGAAGACUGAAUCAAGCCCGGUAUUUGGGGAAGAGAAGAGGGGCAUGUCGUUCCGGCAGUGAUGACCUUGCUGUUGUUUGUGUAUUCAACUACGAAGCCUCAGUAAAUCAAUCCAAAGCUACCAAUGAAUACCU